AAUACAUUGAUGACCCCAAUCAUUACAGAUCAGCAUACAACUUUUUUUUUUUUUUUUUUUUUUAGUAUUUUCACUUUAACUAACUCCCUACUGAGUACUCUCGUUGUUACAUACAUAACCUUGAAGCACAUGCUUAGUUGUAUACCUUCAGAGUCAUUGUUCGACCUUGGUGGCGAGGACUUUAAUCCAACCAAUUAACAAAAGAUUCACACACCUCCAGCAUAUUGAUACAACAUUGAACAUACACCAUACAUUCAUGCCUGCAUAGGUUACAUAUGUAGAUUUCGCCAGCGCCGGCUUCGUACAUACAUACACCUAUACAUCAAAUACAUAUUCCUAAAGCCUGCGAAACGAUCCAGCAUUCAGUCUGCGCUAAUAAAUAUUGUUUGCCCACGCACGUCUGGUGAAGAAGUCGCCUUAAUCAAACGGUCUUACUUCAUAACUACAAGCAAACGCUUCCCGAAAUCAAACGUCAUGUUUUGUCUCCGAAGCUGGCUCCCCCUUCUCUUCAUCCCGACAAAUGCCUCCCCGGCGUUCAUCUUCCUCUUCUUCGUCUGCACAUACUUCCUCAACCGGCCGUGUGUGUACUGCUCCGUGCUCCUGCUCAUCCUCUUCGUGACGUCCUGCCACUGGUCCGACCGCUGCUUCUUCGACUUCAGUAGCAACUGGUUUGCGCCGCGGCCCUCCACCACCUCAUCAUCAACAUGUCCCAACAACGGAACCGCCGCGAUAACGGACCCAUACGGUGUCGAUAGCUUCAACGCGACCGCCGUCGAGAUGCUCAACACCACAGCCAGCGCCCUGGCCAGUGUCGCGGCGGAGGAAUUGGCCAAGCGCAAGGAGGAAUGGACAGGCCUGGGAAUCGAGUGGUUGCGAAGCCUGCUGGGACGCAGGGAGUGGAGGAUCGAGUGCAUGGAUUUAUACAUUCGCCUAUAAUUGGCCUUGUGCAUUAUACCACUACUCAAUUGGAGGAAAUACCGCGAGAUUGUGAACUUCACUUCAUACCCCCAUACCCCCCCUUUUCGAGGCUGUACAAACGAUACACCCACACCCACACAUACCCACAUUACAGACGAGAGAAUAUAGAUAUUGGUGAUUGUAUAACCGCAUGGCUCUGGCGUUGGUUGGUUGGUUGGUUGGACGUUUAGGUAGUUCGACGUUGGGACUUUUUUUUUUUUCCACGCUCGAGAUUCUCUUAUUAUUCUCGGGUCACUUUUUAUUACACCUACUCACACACUCACCCAUACCCUCUCGUGGGGCAAGAUUUAAUAUAGCCUCACUGAAAAACACUUUUACUAUUACCAACACAGCGAAUAACAGCGAGACCCCUAACUUGUUUUUUUUUCUUUUUUUUUUUAAAAAAAAAUGGAAAUAUCUCAGAUAAAACCCUCAAACAUCAUCACGGUUGGCAUACGUGAUGUGAUCUGUGCCAUUGGAACAGUAAAGCAGAUGAGAUGAUAUACCUAUAGGAGAGAUUCUUACACGGGUGAAAUACUGCGCUCUUGGCUUGCCAUUUUUAAGACGACACAUCUAGGUUGGGUAGGUAGGUAGGUAGGUAGGUAUCUAGGCAUACAUGUGUAAUAUGGAGAUAUGUAAGUAG